UUUUUCUUUAUUUAUUGUAUUACCAUGUCACCUCCACUAGAAACACAUGAACAAAAGACAGAAAAGUCUUUUGAAGAACAAAACGAUCAAGCCAUGGAUCUAUUCUUGAGUCAAAUGGCUGAAUAUAAUCAUCAUUCACAACAAACUUCAUUGGAUCAAGCCAGUACGAGCAUAGGCAUCCAUCCAUCAUCGUUGAUACAAGACAACAAAGAUAUCGAAGUAGUUGAAUUUGCUAAACCUUCUACACCAGCCAGAAAAGGCAAACAGAAACAAAAAGAUAAUUCACACUCUUCGUUACUUCAGGUCUUUACGAAUCCUUUGUUACAUGCUAUUCCUAUUUUAGCAAGAAACUUUUCGAAUUUUGAAGACUUUUUAGCACAAACAUCGAUGCCUGGACAAAGUCUACUUGGACCUGGUGAGUUGGAAGACGAUACCAACUAUGCUCCUAUGCCUUCCCCUAUUAUGAAGCAUGAUAGCCCUUGGCAUAUUCGUGUAUUGGGUUUACCUCAUACAGGAGCCAAGUCCCGAGUUGAAACACAAAUCAAGAUAUGUUUACAAUUAGCAGACACACAGGGCGAAUUAGCCACCCAUUGGUCUCAUAUCAAACUACCUGAACAUUUGAUUGCCAAAGACAAACUCAAACGUAAAAAUCAGAAAUAUGGAGAUGAAAAGGCCUCUUUGAUUGACAAUCAAAUCUUGAGUUUGGAGGUUAUGGUUGUAUGUGACAGUCAUCCUGAUAAUGAGAUCAUCAUGUGUCCUAGUUGUGUGCACCGAGAGGUAUAAACAAUAAAAAAAGAGGAGGGCUAACUUGAACUUUAUUAGAGAAAAAGACUGAAAAGAAAG